CUGCAGUCGAAUCAGUAUCAAACCCACAAUGUUCUCCAAACUGAUCGUCUUCUCUGCUGUGGUGGCUCUCACCCUUGCUGGUACCACCCCAGUGCCCAUAAUAUCCCAAAGUCAGAAUGUGGAUCCUGAUGGUUCCUUCCAAUGGGCGUACCAAUCCGGCGAUGGAACCGUUCAGGAACAAGCCGGAAAAGUGGUUCUGCUGAGGUCCGGAGAAGACGCUGAGACUGUUCAAGGAUCCGCCUCUUGGGUGGACCCUGAAGGAAACCCUCAUCAACUGAGCUACGUAGCUGACGAAGGCGGUUACCGACCACAAAGCGCUGACUUGCCCAUUGGACCUCCUCUUCCUCCACUGAUCGCAAAGGCUCUCAAAUGGAUCCAAGAACAUCCCAGUUCCGAAAGCCCCGAAGUCUAGAUUCUGCAGUGAAUAGUUCAAAAAGUGCCAUCGAAUUGAUAGAUUUUAGCAACUGAGUUAGAAGGAAAUAAAGUUUUUUUGACCAAAA